AUGAAUUAUAAUGAGUGUAGUAGUAGUAGUGGCGGUAGUAGUAGAAGUUGUAGUAGCAGUAGUAGUACUAGUGGUAAUUGUACUAGUAGUACUAGUGCUGGUAGAUGUAGUAGUAGUGGUAGUGGUGGUAGUAGCAGUUGUGGUAGUAGUAGUACUAGGGGUGGUAGUAGUAGUAGUACUAGUAGUGGUAGUAGUAGUGCUAGGGGUGGUAGUAGUAGUAGUAGUGGUGGUGGUGGUAGUAGUAGUACUAGGGGUGGUAGAGGUAGUAGUAGUGGUGGUAGUAGUGCUAGGGGUGGUAGUAGUAGUAGUACUAGUAGUGGUAGUAGUAGUGCUAGGGGUGGUAGUAGUAGUAGUAGUAGUGGUGGUGGUGGUGGUAGUAGUAGUACUAGGGGUGGUAGAGGUAGUAGUAGUGGUAGUGGUGGUAGUAGCAGUUGUGGUAGUAGUAGUGCUAGGGGUGGUGGUAGUAGUACUAGUAGUGGUAGUAGUAGUGCUAGGGGUGGUAGUAGUAGUAGUAGUAGUGGUGGUGGUGGUAGUAGUAGUACUAGGGGUGGUAGAGGUAGUAGUAGUGGUAGUGGUGGUAGUAGCAGUUGUGGUAGUAGUAGUGCUAGGGGUGGUAGUAGUAGUAGUAGUGGUGGUGGUAGUAGUAGUACUAGGGGUGGUAGUAGUAGUGCUAGGGGUGGUAGUAGUAGUAGUAGUGGUGGUGGUAGUAGUAGUGCUAGGGGUGGUAGUAGUAGUAGUAGUACUAGGGGUGGUAGAGGUAGUAGUAGUGGUAGUGGUGGUAGUAGCAGUUGUGGUAGUAGUAGUGCUAGGGGUGGUAGUAGUAGUACUAGUGGUGGUAGUAGUAGUGCUAGGGGUGGUACUUGUGGUGGUAGUAGUACUUGUGGUAGUACUAGUGGUAGUAGUAGUAGUACUUGUGGUGGUAGUUGUAGUAGUAGUGGUGGUGGUAGUACUUGUGGUGGUAGUAAUAGAAGAGGUGGUGGUGGUGGUGGUAGCAGUAGUCCUAGUGGUGGUAUUUAG